AUGGGACUGCGGUCUCCUCUCGAACUUCUUUUCCUCCUCUUCACCCUCCUUGUACCUCUUACCUCCGCCGUACGAUUCGAUCUCAUCCCAAAUACACACUCAGGAAAGCACGAAAGAUGCAUAAGGAAUUUUGUUGCGCGUGACCAGCUUGUUGUUGUCACUGCCACCGUGAGCGGCUCGAAGGGAGAUGGCCAGGUUGUCAACAUGCACAUCAAGAGUUCUCUAGGCGACGAUUACGCCAAACCAAAAGAUAUUGCCGGCGAGAUCAGACAGAUGUUUACUGCCAGCGCCGACUCUUCCUUUGACGUUUGCUUCUCUAACGUCCUUUCCGGGAGACAUCCUGGCCCCAAUCCUUCUCGUCAGGUUGAGCUGAGCAUUGAAAUCGGUGCUGAUGCUCGUGACUGGGAUGCUAUCAAGGUCCAGGAGAAGCUCAAGCCAGUUGAGGCUGACCUUCGCCGUUUGGAGGCCAUGAUCACCGAAAUCGUUGCGGAGAUGGACUUUAUGCGCGCACGAGAGCAGAAGCUCCGAGAUACCAACGAAAGUACCAAUGAGCGAGUUAAGUGGUUUGCUUUCGGCACCAUGGGCAUGCUGAUUGGUCUUGGUGUCUGGCAGGUUGUCUACUUGAGAGCCUACUUCCGAUCGAAGCAUCUUAUCUAA